CUCAGCGCCGGGACGGCCGCGCUCCUGAAGGGCACGUGUCUCGUCUUGUCUGGCUUCGUCUCGGCGGAGCGGGGGAGGACGGUGCGUCUGCCCCUCCGAGGGCUGCGCGACUCUUCACGGAGGCCGUGGACGUCCUGGUCCCGCGCGGGGCUACCGGGGCGGCUGCGCGCGUCGGAACCGGGGGUGGUCGGGGCCAGGCCCGGAACGCGGAGCGGGCGGGAGGGCGUCCGGAGAGCUGGGGCCGCGGCUCCCCGACACUGUCGGCAGCAGGACCGGGAGGGCUCGGCCCCGGCCCCAGCUCGCAGGAGCUGAAUGGCGGCCGGGCACCCUGGGCAAAGCGUUUCUGCAGCUCCGUGUUCCGGUGCUGAGCGGGAACGGUGUUGUCAAGGUGGUCGUGAUGCGGGAGGUCCCGCGUGUGACCCGGCGCGGGGCUGGCGCGGUGAGCGCGGAACCACCCGGUAGCCCUAGCGCUUCGCUCUGGCGCGCGCUGGGCGCCGUUCCUGACCGAGCGCCGGCGGGUUUUCCAGUCGUCACUGUCCUGGCGCUACUGCUGCAAAUGCCGCGGACUGCCUGUGCCUGGAAGGCGCGCGUGGACGGCCAGGCAUCGGCCCGACGAAGCUGAUAAUGCAGUAAAAUCAGAUUGGCAGCGUCAGGAGGGGCCGUAUUUUGGGGUCUGGGAGAGCCUCUUGAGACAGAAAGAACGGCCGUAACCCCAGCGAGAUCCCUCUGCAGCCUCGGCCUCAGCCACUGCGAGCUGAGAUGGAUUUCCUCCGUACGUGGGUUACAUGGGAGUGCUCAGUGCUGGGCCUGAGGUUGCACCCAUGCAUAGUGGCAAGGGCAACACAGUCCUUAGUCUCCUGGAAUCCGUGUUAUCUCUGCUGGUGUCUGGCCGGUAAAAUGGGGACUGUGAGCUCUCAGGUGCACGAGAGACUGAGGAAGAAGAAGCAUCUCUUGGUCCUGGGAAAGGGAGAGGACUCAGGAGUGGGGAACAGUGAGCAGUGUCCAUCUUGGGAAAGGGAGAGGACUCGGGAGUGAGGAAUAAUGAGCAGUGUGUCUCCAUCCUGGGAAAGGGAGAGGAUGCAGAAAUAAGGAAUAAUGAGCAGUGUUUGUACCCUCGUUUUACUUCCUGGGCGAAAGGAAACAUACGUGAUAAAAACCUAUGUCCUUUGUUGUUUCGAACAGUGACAGGAUUCUGAUCCUGCCAACCAUGAGAAGGUUUGGGGAAACCAACAUUGACUGAGCCCUGAUCAGGCUCUGUAACCUGAUUCUUAGUGUAGCUGUAUCUCAUUUAUCCAUCACAGCAUCCCCAGGAGAUGGGGUUAGGAGAUAGCAGUACUAACCCACUACCAGGGGCUCGACUGGUAUACAUCACGUGAUCCUCAGAGUCAUAACAGGAAGUCUGUAUUAUCCCCACAGCUGCAGAAGGAAGGCUUGGAGAAGCAAUCUGACCACGAUCACAUCCCUUAUCCACCCCUCUUUUUUCAGAGGUGGGGGAGUCUCACUAUGUUACCUUAGCUAGUUUUGAACUCCUGACCUCAGGGAUCCACCUGCCUCAGCCCCCCAAGUAGCUGGGAUUACAAGUGCUAGCCACUGCACCUGGACAGAAUCACAUUACUUUUAAAUGGCUGGUCUAGGAUUCAAACCCAUGUCCAAUUAAAUAUCCCAAGAUGCAUUCCAUGGUAAGUCUGUGUCAAUUAUUAGUUCUCUGAAGGAAGGACUUAAUCUAAUGAAAUAUUUUCUGUAUCUACUCCCUGGUUUUUCCCACAGAGCCAGGGCCUUGAGUAGCUUAUCUUUGACUGGAAGGAGCUGUGGGGUGGACUGUUGCCUGAAAGGACCCUUGAACAUCUGUGAGGAAACGACUAUUCUGCACGGAGGCUUCCUGCUGGCUGAGCAGCUGUUCCACCCCAAAGCUCUGACAGAACUGACCAAGUCUGACUGGGAGCAUGUUGGGCGGCCCAUCGUGGAGGCCUUGCAGGAGAUCUCCUCGGCUGCAGCACAUUCCCAGCCCUUUGCCUGGAAGAAGAAAGCUCUGAUCAUCAUCUGGGCCAAGGUUCUGCAGCCCCAGCCUGUGACCUCUUCCGACACGGACACUCGGUGGCAGGAAGAUGUGUUCUUCUCAGUGGGCAACAUGAUCCCCACCCUUAAUCACACCGUCCUCUUUGAGCUGCUCAAGUCCCUAGAAGCUUCUGGACUCUUUAUCCAGCUCCUGAUGGCCCUGCCCACCACUGUCUGCUGCGCAGAACUCGAGCGCUUUUUGGAGCACGUGAGCAUUGACACGUCCUCCGAGGACGUGGCCUUCUUCCUGGAUGUCUGGAGGGAAAUGAUGAAGCACCGGGGUAAUCCGCAGGACCCCCUGCUCUCCCAGUUCAGCGCAAUGGCCCAUAAGUACUUGCCUGUCUUAGAUGAGUUCCCCCGUCCUCCCAAGAGGCUGAGGUCAGAGCCGGAUGUGUGCCCCACCAUGCCCCUGUUGGCCAUGCUGCUCCGCGGGCUGGUGCAGAUCCAGAGUCGGAUCCUGGGCACAGGGAGGAAGUGCUGUGCGCUGGCCAACCUGGCCGACAUGCUGAGCGUGUUUGCACUGACCGAGGACGACCCCCAGGAGGUGUCCGCAACCGUGUAUCUGGACAAACUGGCCACGGUGAUCUCUGUGUGGAACUCAGACACCCAGAACCCAUACCACCAACAGGCGCUGGCGGAGAAGGUGAAGGAGGCAGAACGGGAUGUCAGCCUGACCUCACUGGCCAAACUCCCCAGCGAGACGAUUUUCGCGGGCCUGGAAUUGAUGCGCGCCCUGCUGGGGGAGUGGGGGGAGGAGCUGCAAGCCACGCUCUGCAGCAGCCAGGGCACAAGCUAUGACAGCUACCGGCUGUGCGACAGUCUGACUUCCUUCAGCCAGAACCUGGCGCUCUACCUGAACCGUGCCAGCCUGCCCGAGGAGGAGAGGCAGGUGGCCUCUGAGCUGGCAGAGUGUGUCAGGGACUUCCUGAGCAAAACCAGCAGGGUGCUGAAGAACAGGGGCUCCCAGGACAUCACGGCUUCCAUUGCUAUGGCCAUCAUCCAGCAGAAGAUGGACCGUCACAUGGAAAUGUGCUACAUUUUUGCGUCUGAGAAGAAGUGGGCUUUCUCAGACGAGUGGAUAGCCUGCCUGCUGAGUAACAGGGCACUCUUCAGGGAGCCAGACUUGGUGUUGAGGCUGCUGGAAACAGUCCUAGAUGCCAGCACCACUGACAGAGCCGUCCCCAAGCCUCAGAUCCAGCAAGUGCUCCACUCAGUCCUGGAAUGUUAUGCAGACCUCUCCCUGCCAGACAAAAACAAAGUCCUUGCAGGCAUCCUGCAUUCCUGGGGGAAAAAGGGCCUGUCUGAAAAGUUGCUGGCCUACGUGGAGAGUUUUCCAGAAGACCUCAAUACGACCUUAAACCAGCUCACUCAGAGUGCCUCCGAGCAGGGCUUGACAAAAGCUGUGGCCUCCGUGGCCCGCCUGAUGAUAGUGCACCCGGAAGCCACGGUGAAGAAAAUCUGCAGCCUGGCUGUGGUCAAUCUCGGCACCCACAAGUUCUUGGCCCAGAUUCUCACCGCCUUCCCUGCCCUUCGGUUUGUGGAAGAGCAGGGUCCGAAUUCAUCUACCACUUUUAUGGUGUCGUGCCUCAAAGAAACUGUCUGGGUGAAGUUCUCUACACCCAAGGAGGAAAAGCAAUUUUUGGAGCUCCUGAACUGCCUGAUGAAUCCCGUGAAGCCCCAGGGGAUUCCAGUGGCUGCUCUGCUUGAACCAGAUGAGGUGCUGAAGGAAUUUGUCCUGUCAUUCUUGAUGUUAGAUGUUGAAGAGGUGGACCUCAGUCUGAAGAUCUUCCUCCAGACUCUAGAAGCAAAUGCAUGCCUGGAGGAAUACUGGCUCCAGGCCUGCUCCCCAUUCCCACUCCUCUUCAGCUUGUGCCAGCUUCUAGACAGCUUCAGCAAGUACUGGCAGCUCCCCAAGAAGAAGCGGCGUUUGUCUUUGCAGAGGAAGGAUCUGGCGGCCCAUAUCCUGGAGCUCCUGUGUGAGAUCGUAUUAGCCAAUGCCGAGACCUUCUCCCCGGACGCCUGGAUCAAGUCCCUGUCCUGGCUCCACCGCAAGUUAGAACAACUCGACUGGACUGUGGGCCUGAGACUGAAGACCUUCUUUGAGGGACACUUCAAGUGUGAGGUGCCAGCCACACUUUUUGAGAUCUGUAAGCUUUCUGAGGAUGAGUGGACCUCCCAGGCCCACCCAGGGUAUGGGCCAGGCACAGGGCUCCUGGCCUGGAUGGAGUGCUGCUGUGUCUCCAGCAGCCUCUCAGAGAGGAUGCUGUCUCUCUUGGUGGUGGAUGUGGGUAGUCCUGAGGAGGUCAGGUUGUUCAGCAAAGGCUUUCUUGUGGCCUUGGUGCAAGUCAUGCCUUGGUGCAGCCCUCAAGAGUGGCAGCACCUUCACCAGUUGACCAGGAGGCUGCUGGAGAAACAGCUGCUCCAUGUGCCAUAUAGCCUGGAGUAUAUUCAGUUUGUUCCUCUGCUCAACCUGAAGCCCUUUGCCCAGGAGCUCCAGCUCUCUGUACUCUUCCUGAGGACUUUCCAGUUUCUCUGUAGCCAGAGUUGUCAAAAUUGGCUUCCUCUGGAAGGCUGGAACCACGUGGUCAGACUCCUGUGUGGCAGUCUGACCAGCCUCCUGGACUCAGUCAGGUUGAUACAGUCAGUCAGCCCUUGGGCACAGGGACAAGAGCAGGACCUGACCCAGGAAGCCCUGUUUGUCUACACCCAGGUGUUCUGUCACGCUCUGCACAUCAUGGCCAUGCUCCACCAGGAGGUCUGUGAGCCACUGUAUGUUUUAGCCUUGGAAACUCUCACCUGCUAUGAGACUCUGAGCAAGGCCAACCCUUCUGUCACCUCCUUGCUCCAGAAGGUGAACGAGCAGCGCUUCCUGAAGUCCAUUGCUGAGAACAUCAGCCCCGAGGGGCGGCGCCAGACCCUGCUGCAGAAGAUCAGCAGCUUCUGACCUUGGCCUGUAGCAGAAAAGCUGGCGCUCAACAUGGCGGGUCCAUAGGGGCCAGACCCACGCAGCACGGACUUUACAGCUGCGUGAAACUGUCUACAGGAAAUCAUGGCAAUAAUGGUGUAAAGAAAAUAGUUUCUUAGGUAUUUAUAAUGUACAAACUAUAAUAAACAUUCCCUUUUGCA